AUGAAAAGCGCUUUUAGAAGUCUAGCUAUAAUUAUAAGCAUUUCUUUACUAGGAUAUUUUGAGCUUUCCAAUGCAGCAGAGAACCAUAUGGAAGAGUGCAUAGAGGAGUCUAUUGAAGAGUAUAAAGAAGUAAUAUGCCAAUACACAGACAGCAGAAUAGAUGCAAUGCACGCAUGCAUCGCAGAUAUAAUGAAGAGUUACAAACAGAUGCAGACGUCCAAUCUAUGCAGCAAAAUUCCAGACCCAAUUAAAACCUCAUUUGACCUCUUAGAGAUGUUUUAUGAAAGCCCUACAUGCGAAAUAAAGCAGAUCCUUAGAGAGAUGCGCAGCACACUUUGCGAGAUGGAAAAUAUAAUAGAGACAAGCGAGAUAGAAGAAAUAUGCAUAGAUAAAAUUAAGUAUGCACACUCUGUUAUACGCACAAUUGGAGAGGACAUAUCUGAGCUGAUUCAGUUCUACAUAAUACUGGAUAUAAACAUAAAUCGAAUGCAAGAGUUUAUUAUGCAGGGAAGUCUUGGGUAUAAAUGA